CAUAUAUUUAAAUACCUGAAAAACACAUGUCAAUAGAAAUGGCAUAAAAUAUAUUUUAGUCACCAUAAUUAUACUGUAUACACUUUCAGUAGAUGUAAUAUUAAAACAAGUAAUUAUGUGCUUAAGCUCUGCUUAUGUGCUCUGGUCACAAUUGCAAUAAUUGCAUUUCACAAAUUGUAAAACAAAAUAUUUUCAUUAACAUCCAAUUAAUUGUUUACAUUAGACUACAAAUUUAGAUUGCACUGAAAAACUUUUUUUAAUGAUUUUUUCUGUACUAAAGUCUGCUAAAAGUGUACUUGUUUUUCCACAAGGGAAUACAUAGCAAUAUCUUGGCGACUAUCCACAACCUCAAACCAUCAUGGCGGGACAUGAAAGAGACGUUCAAGUUGUUGUCUCCGGUCUCACUGUGAACAUUUAUGAAAGUGCAAUCAAUGGAAAGUAGUUAGAAAAUAUGGAGUUCACUUGAAGGAGCGAGAAGUCGAAGGAUGAAAAAGAGGACUGGAUGGCUGGGUUGGGCUGGGGAUGGAGGAGCGCGAGGGCGAGAGAACAGCGAGUCAUUGUGCUGGUACACCAGGCACUGGGAGACACACUCAAGACACAUUCACGCAUUCACACACUGACACGAACACACACAUAAGCUCGUGCUUCUGCCCACCGCUGCACAGACCCGAACUGGCAUCCCAGAGGGCAGCACUUUACUCCUGUCCUCGCCUUCCAAACGUGACGUUCAACCCUAGCUGAGCAUCUCGAUUUGCAGGUUACACCUCCAUCACAUGUCUAUAGCAUUUCGGCUCAAGCUCUGGAUCCAGGAGCACAACACAAGAACAUAGAGGAUUAGAAGAUGAGAGACUGAGAAGACUGAGACUUCAGAGACUUCACUCAUCAGGUCCAUUGCCCAGUCUGUACCAUUCCUUUAUCAGAAACUAACUUACUAAGGAAAAAGCUUGGCUUUGGUGGUCUUGCUGACUUUGCGCACCAAAGGUUCUGUCUGUGCCCUCCAUUGGACUCAUCCAAGUGAUCAUUCUUAGGAAAGAUUCACCAUGGCAACCACUGGCAUGCAGCUCCUCGGCCUGGUCCUGUCCAUCAUUGGCUGGGUGGGGGGAUUCCUGGUAUGCACCCUGCCCAUGUGGAGGGUCACCGCCUUCAUCGGGAACAACAUUGUAACGGCACAGACCACAUGGGAGGGUCUCUGGAUGAAUUGCAUCUGGCAGAGCACAGGAGAGAUUCAGUGCAAGGUGUAUGACAGCUUGCUGGCUCUUCCCAGUGACAUGAAGGCCGCUCGGGGUCUUACGGUUCUCGCUAUACUAAUCUGCACCAUUUCGCUCACGUUAGGUAUUCUGGGUAUCAAGUGCACUGAGUGUGUGGGACUUCCAAGCCUCAAGGCUCGCUUGGCACGUGUGUCCGGUGUGCUCUUUGUCAUCGCAGGGUUCCUCAUCCUUGUGCCUGUUUGCUGGACGGCCCAUUCCAUCAUCAGAGAUUUCUAUGACCCCUAUGUGUUGGCCCCACACAAACGUGAGCUUGGACCUGCUCUCUACUUGGGCUGGGGGGGUUCGGCUUUACUGUUGAUUGGUGGAUCACUUCUCUAUGCAGGGUCCAAUCCACCCGGGAUUCCCUCUUCUCCAACAUUUAGCAGUGAUGAGAGCAGCCCACGCCGAGCAGGUGGUCCUGCCCAGGUCAAGGGUUAUGUUUAAUGAUCACCACAGGCAAACCAGUCCCCGAAAGCCUUCUCUGUUAGAGUUUCCCAUUGUGAUAGAUUCAAGUUAAUUUUAAUCUAUUUUGUAUCAACAGAAUAUUUGGAGAGGUAGUGAAUAGAAAUGUGAAAUCAGGUUACCUUGCCACCUCUAAUGUCCACUUAUAAGUACGUCUUUCUCUGUAUUUGUCUAUUAUGUUAUUCAAUAAUAAAACCUUAAAUCCUUGUGUUA